AUGUUGUCCAACCCUCUUCAGCGCUUUUCUCCCUACCAGAACAUUGCCUCUUCAAACAUCUCACCAGAUGGCAAUGUUCAGCAGACUCAGAUCCAAGGCAAUGGAUUAGAGACACUCGGGCAGAACCACCAGUAUCCAAUUCAACCACUUUCACAGCCAGUGUCCAUCCAGAACCCUCAUCUGGCGAGGGCAGGCCCUCAGACGAAGAAUCGACAACACCCUUAUGGAGCUACUGCUCGUGGAUCUGCGGCGUCAGGCAUUCGUAGGAGGAUUAGCCGAGCCUGUGAUCAAUGCAACCAGCUUCGGACAAAAUGCGAUGGCCAGCACCCCUGCGCACACUGCAUUGAGUUCGGCCUGGGGUGCGAAUACAUCCGUGAGAGGAAGAAGAGAGGAAAGGCCUCCCGAAAAGAAUUGGCCCAGCAAGCUGCUGCUCAGGCUGCGGCGGCUGGAAAAGGCCAAAACCCAGAGGAAAUUGCGGGCGAGAACAACCAAUCCUCCAACAAAGAACUCGAGACUUCCAACAUCCUCCACUCUGGCGAACGACAACCGAGCACAAGCAGUAAAUCGAGCAAGGAUCAAAGCGACGAUGUUAUGCGACACACCCAGGGUCUGGAAGGUCUUGAGAACCUCGGCAUGAGUGAACAGCCCCAGCUUGGACGCCCUCCGGCCCUGGACGGCGAGCAAAUGGAGAACCACGGAGGCCUGGAUUUGAAUGGAUUCGGGAACAUGACACACAACUACGAUACCCAAGGCCUGGAGCUCAAUGGCCAACCUUAUGGUCCUGGUGGUCGAAAUAGUAUGUCGGGUUAUUCUGAGUUUCCAUAUUCGAUGCAAGCCCAGAGCCCACCGAACUUUGGCAACAACACGACUUUUCGAAUGGGAAAUAGUCCACUCGGAUACUCGAUGGGCAAGGGGGCAUCUCCUGGCUGGGGAAUCUCGAUGGCUUCGCCACCAGGCCAAUACCAAUCUCAGGUUCCCCAAACGAGCUUCGGCAACUCGAAACUGCGAUAUCCCGUUCUCGAACCUUUGAUCCCUCACCUCAACAAUAUUCUGCCAAUCUCUCUCGCCUGCGAUCUCGUCGAUCUGUAUUUCGCGUCUUCGUCAUCAGCUCAGAUGCAUCCGAUGUCACCCUAUGUGUUAGGAUUUGUCCUUCGAAAGAAAUACUUCCUCCAUCCCACAAAACCGAGACAUUGCCAGCCGGCCCUUCUGGCGAGCAUGCUAUGGGUUGCGGCGCAGACGAGCGAUGCUCCUUUCCUGGCCAGCACGCCUUCAGCUCGUGCUAAAACAUGCCAGAAGCUCCUCGAGCUAACAGUUUAUCUUCUUCGGCCACUUAUUCAUACAACUUCAGGAGAUGCUCCAAGCCCAGUGGCUGACGGAGUUGCGCUUGGUGGAUUGGGUGUAGCCAUGCCUGGGUCCAUUAGCCUGGAUGCUCUGACGGGCGAGUCAGGGCCAUUCGGUGCCGCGGGAAGCCUGGACGAUGUGAUCACCUACAUUCACCUGGCAGUUGUUGUCUCGGCGAGUGAGUACAAGGGCGCUAGUAUGAGAUGGUGGACUGCUGCUUGGGGCCUCGCGCGAGAGCUGAAGCUGGGACGCGAGUUGCCGGUUGGUCCAUCGCCCACAAGCCAAGAAACCAGUGCCAUGGACACUGAGACCGGGGAUGAUCAGGAUGGCAACAGUGGCGGAUACGUGGCAGAGGAGGAACGUGAAGAGCGGCGCCGGAUAUGGUGGCUCCUCUAUAUUGUCGACAGGCACUUGGCUCUGUGCUACAAUCGCCCCUUGUUUCUCCUGGAUAUCGAAUGCCAGGGUUUGCUGCAGCCCAUGGAUGACAAGGCAUGGCAAAAUGGGGAUUUUAGCAGCCUUUCCAGCUCCAAUACGGAUCCCAGUCUACUCAACACUGGACCUGAAGGAUACGUCUCGGAUUCGUCGCAAAUAUGCGGGCCCCAGUACGAGUGUCGAGGCCAUAGUAUCUUUGGAUACUUUCUCCCCUUGAUGACAAUUCUGGGCGAAGUCGUGGAUCUGCACCACGCAAAGAACCAUCCGCGGUUUGGCAUUGCUUUCCGUCCAGGACACGAAUGGGAUGCCCAGACGGCAGAAAUCACUCGGCAUUUGGAGAUAUAUGAGCAGAGCUUGCAGGCCUUUGAGCUUAAGCAUUUGCCACGCUCAGGAGACGACAAAGGUGACGGGCAGCACGGCGAGAAUAACGAACUCUCUGGAGUUCCUGAAACCACGACACCGUCAGUUCACUCGGUGCAUUCCAGCGGAUCAGGUCGACUCACGGAGGGCAACAUUCAGACCCGGAUUGUCAUGGCAUACGGUACACACGUGAUGCAUGUGUUGCACAUUCUCUUGGCUGGGAAGUGGGAUCCGAUCAACUUGCUUGAUGACGACGACCUCUGGAUUUCAUCACAAGGGUUCAUCACGGCAACGAGCCAUGCGGUAGCGGCGGCCGAAGCCAUCAACCAGAUCCUCGAGUUCGACCCCGGACUGGAGUUUAUGCCCUUCUUCUUCGGUAUUUAUCUCCUUCAGGGAUCGUUCUUGUUGCUUCUUAUUGCAGAUAAGCUGCAGUCAGAAGCAUCGCCCAGCGUUGCUAAGGCGUGCGAGACCAUCGUGCGGGCUCACGAGGCAUGUGUUGUGACUCUGAGCACAGAGUAUCAGCGAAAAUUUAGCAAAGUGAUGCGCAGUGCCCUCGCCCAGGUCAGGGGUCGUGUACCUGAAGAUCUAGGAGAGCAACAACAACGAAGAAGGGAGCUUCUGGCAUUAUAUCGGUGGACGAAGGACGGGACAGGCUUGGCCUUGUGA